AUGGCUAUCUUUGGACGUAAAGCCAUUUUUAUAAAUGGACAUGAUGUUUCUUCCAUAGAGAAGACUGGGGCUAAUAUUGCUGAGCUGCUCUUGAAGGCCAUUGAUUAUGUUCGCCCUUCCAAUGUGGUCCAAGUUAUGACAGAUAAUGUUUCCAAUUACAAGGCUGCAGGUGCGAUAAUUCAACGAAAGCAUGCCCAUAUUUUUUGGUCUGGUUAUAUGGCUCAUACCUUAAAUCUGUUGAUAAAGGAUAUAGCUAAAAGUGAGGAUUCAUUGCUGUCAUUUGUUGAUAAGUCUUAUGAAAAAAGGAAAUAUCAAGACUAUCUUUCUGAUGAUCUUGCAAUUGAUGAUUUGGUUCAACAAUUUGUGGUGGCAAGAUGGGAUAAAAUGAACAUUUCUUUACAUUGCCUUGGAUAUGUUCUUGUUUCUAAGUACUACACAAAUUAUAGGCUUUCACAACCAACUCCUGGUGGUGUGAGUAGGAAGAAGCCUUAUUUUGAUAAAGAGGUGCAAACAGGAUAUCUUCAAUCAAUUGAAAAAAUUGUUGUUGACCAAAAUAAAGCUUCUUUGAUACGCCAUCAAAUCAACGAUUUUGUAAGUAACAAAGUUGUUUUUGCACAACCCUCAGCUGUGAAAGAUAGAGCAAUCAUGAUUACAUUAUCAUGGUGGCAUAUGUAUGGUGGGGCUGCUCCUGAAUUGUUCUCAUUGUCUGUGAAGGUUUUGUCUCAAAGUGUAAACACUUCUUGUGCUAAGAAAUGUUGGAGUACCUAUUCCUACAUUCACAAUUUGAAAAAGAACAAGUUGAAUGUGGAUGAGCUGAAAAAUUAG